AUGGAGGUAGAAAACGAAGCCAGCUGCUCCCCCAGCAGCGCGACAGCCUCAGGCGGGUCCAGAGAGUACAAGGUGGUAAUGCUGGGAGCAGGGGGAGUUGGUAAAAGCGCAAUGACAAUGCAGUUUAUUAGCCAUCAGUUCCCUGAUUAUCAUGAUCCCACUAUUGAAGAUGCUUAUAAGACCCAGGUUAGGAUCGACAAUGAGCCAGCUUAUUUGGACAUCUUGGACACUGCUGGUCAGGCAGAGUUCACAGCCAUGCGGGAGCAGUACAUGCGAGGUGGGGAGGGCUUCAUCCUCUGCUAUUCCGUCACCGACCGCCAGUCAUUCCAGGAGGCUGCCAAGUUUAAAGAGCUCAUCUUUCAGGUCCGUCACACCUAUGAAAUCCCCCUGGUGCUGGUGGGCAACAAAAUUGACCUCGAACAAUUCCGCCAGGUCUCUACAGAAGAAGGGCUGGGUCUGGCCCGAGAAUACAACUGUGCUUUCUUUGAGACUUCAGCAGCCCUCAGAUUCUGCAUCGAUGAUGCAUUUCACGGUUUAGUGAGAGAAAUUCGCAAGAAAGAGUCUGUGCCAUCUCUGGCAGGAAAGAAACUGAAGAGGAAAGACAGCCUGUGGAAGAAGCUAAAGGGCUCAUUGAAGAAGAAGAGAGAAAACCUGGCAUGCUAG